AUUCGGCGAGCGAUAGGUUCUAACAACAUUCCGCCGCCAGCCCUUCCAGCACCAGUUCCCACUCCGUCACUGCCUCAUUCUAAGACUGGUCUCACGCAAUCUCACAGCACAUCGUUUUCAUCGAAAAACAACAUGGACACGUCCACCUUCCAGUCUCCGUACUCAACCACGGGAAUAAAAUCAUCAGCAUCGACCUACAACUUUUCUGCGCCACCUAGCGGAGCCUACUCCACCCAUCCUGCACCGUCCCGAUCCGACCGGCCCACGGCAGUAGCCCCUCUGCCAUUGCAUUUGCAGACCAAGGGCGGUAAAAUUGGCGGUCCAGUCGGUAAUGUGUCUCUCCACAGCAGCAACGACUCGGGCUUCUCUAAUGAACCUCCGCCACAGCCGGAAAUUGAUUAUUCCGACGACGAUUCAAUUCCUGGACACACGAAAUUACCCAGCCGAAGAAGAAUAUUGAAGCAGCUCGAUGAAGAAAACAACAACAAGACAUUACCAAACCCGAAGAAAUCUAAUUCCAUCAAACAGUCAAGGAGUCAUGGAAACUUGGUGAACAAUCGCUCCAAUAUUUCUGAAAACACUGAUUUAGCGUCGAAAGAAAACAAAAAGUUGGUGAAAAGAACGAAAUCAUUCUGGAAAUUUGGUAAAAGUGGUGCAGAUAACGACAUAUUAGAAGGCAUGUCCCUUUGGCGCCAUAGGGAUUUAGUUGAUGUUGAUAAUAAUAAAAGUAAAAGGAAGAUUAUCAAAACAGCCAAGAUUCAAGAAAGGCCUACAAGGCGCAGUCGCGAUAAGUCUAACGAUUCUGAUAGAACAAUAAACAAUAACAACAAAGAAAACGGCAUUGCGGAAAAACAAACAGAAAACACCAAAGUCAGAAGAGAUGAUAGGAAUAACAAGAGCUUCAUCGACAAACAGAAAGCGACUCCAGAAACGAAAAAAUUGUCCACUGAAAAAAUAAUAGACUUUGAAGAUACCUACAAAACACCUGUGAAGCCUGACAAGUUCGACGACCAAUUCUACGAUGACGACGGUGACGGUCUGAUGUUGAAAACGGUGAACAGAAAAAAUAUUCUUCAACAGUACACAAAUAAUUCCUCUGGCACUGAGUCUGAUUCUGAUUCUGAUGUGACAAGCGACGAUCCCUACGACUGCAUCCUCGUGGAUGACCAAAAGGUCAAAAAGACCGAAAACAAUUUCCCAAAUGUCGCAGAGCUUGGAAAAAAACUAGAAAAACUAUCCAAAACUAGCAAAUACUCCCCGAAUAAAGACAGCGGCAGUCCAAAUAAGAACAUUGUUAACGAAAAAAACGAGAGGAAUGCGAGGCUUGAACGAAGUUCAUCCGAGAGAAAGGGGAGCCCCGACGGUGAAGAGAUCAUCCAGUUUCACGAUAAAAGACAGUUGAAUAAGUUCCAGUCGUUUGGUAUCGAAAUUCAAAACAACGAAAAUGGCGAGAAAGAGAGACUGGAUAGCGACAGAUAUUAUGUCGAGAAUCAAAUCAAACGCAGCGAGAGCAACGCUCAAGAAAAACGUCGUCAUUUCGCAGAUUCGGCCAAAAAUUCGAAGGAGAGACGACCUCGACCGAGCUAUGAGUCUAUCGACUCGGAUGUAGAGCAACGCAAUAUAGAUAACAGAAACAGCAGACGAUCGGGUCACGGAGAGGCUGAUAAAAGGGACAAGAUGAAGUAUUAUGACUCGACAAAUGAUGAGCUAUCGGACGGCGCUGAAAACAGGCAAUUGCUCCCCAGGACUAAGCUCACUAAGUCCAACAGCAAUAACUCCUCGCACAGUAAAUACGAGCGAGAUGCGGGGCUGAUGGAUUAUGGGGAGACAUUGCAGAGGCGACUGAAAAAUCCCGAAUAUAACUCAAAAUUUGAUGAGAAAUCACCGCAUAACGGAAAUAUGUACGGGCCCUGGUACGAUCUGUGGGGUCUCGAUUCUACUGGGACAGCAAGAAGGAAAUGAAUGUAAUUUUUAACUGCAUGUUCAAGGGUCGGGUUUAUGGUUCUAACCUCAGAAAACAAAAAAUGCAUGAUCUAUCUUGAUAAUUCGUCGAAGUACAUGAUUAUAGAACAUACAUUUUCAGCCAAAGUUUUCAAGGGGUAUCGAAGUGGACCACUAGAUACUCUUGAUAUAUUUGAUACUAGGUUAUGAAUAUACGUCAAUUUUCACAACGCUUCCCUUCAAUGUUUAUAACAAACAUUCUGCAAUAGCUGUUUGAUUUGAAAUUCCAGCAAAUUAAAGUUCACUAAAAACCCACCUAAGACUAAUUUCUUUCUACAUAUCCCAUCUUGGGUGACUUCAGAUUUCAGUUAUCAUAUAUCUUCAUUUCCAAACUAACGAACAAUUUGUUGAGAAUGUAUUUUUGAAUAACUUUUCACUGAUGAACCCACGAUUUUAAAAGGUCUUCCGCGAAUGAUCAAAUAAAAGCAAUGCAUUUCAUUGAGAAAAAUCAUUCUCGUUAAUGAUCUGACUCAAAGAAGAAGAAAUAAAAUGGUGGAUUAAUUAUAUCUGGAGACCUAACACGAACGGAGUAACAGCUCGUUGGAAGUUGGUUCUGAUUUGUCGAAUGCCAAAAUUUCCCUUGAUGCUUGAAUGAACGAACCUUCAUUUUUGUUUUUCAUAAAAAUUUCGAAUCAAGCAAGUCGUGAUGAAGAAAAUGUGAGAAUCACUCCCUAAUAAACACUUCAAUUGCAAAUAUAUGUUACCGUUUUACAAAUCACAUAAUUGAUGUACUUAUAAUAUGCUCUAGAAGUUUUACCGAUAUGAAUUGUCCAGUUUUGCAGGAAUAAAUUCAGUGAAGAAUCCUGCACUGACACCUGUCGGAUAUAAUCCAACGCUCUUCGUGGUAUUAGCCAUGGGAGUAGUUGUUUUCUGAUAGGUGUUAGUCUAUUAACUUACAGUGUAAGGAGUUGAGACUUGUCUGAACGAAUUGUUCUUUAAGAUGAUUUGUUUUUAUAAGCCAUAUUUUUACUGAGAAUGAUUUCAACAAUUUUUGAAAAUCCGUCUGAAGACAGCUUUUUUUGGUGAAAAGUUGACACUAUCACCCGCGAAUUAGUUGAGAAAUAUUGACUUUCAAAAAAAAACAGGAUGGUAUGUCUACUCAUUUUCGGAGUUAUUUCUAAUGAAACAUUUACCCCCGAAAAGUGGUGGUAUCCACCCCACGGUGAACGCAAUCCUCGGUAUAUAAUCAGCUUUCAAGAUGAGGCAAAAUAGGACGUAAAUUCAAAUUCAUAUGAACAUCGCUGUUGUUUGGAAAAAAUAUACAGGAAAGAGGUCGUUCACUGGAGUUGAAGUUGAAGAGUGGAUGGAAAAAGUUUAUGAUAAAAAGUCUCAUUUCAUUGAGGCAUUGUUUAUUAUAAUUCGAAUAUUAUAUUAUGAACUGAAUGCUGAUUAUAUAAAACUGAAAGCAUACCAAAAAAUGCAGUGAAUUGAAUGAAAAUAUAAUAUUACAUGAAAAAUUGCACUGUAAUUUCAUCAUCUGGUCUUUGUAGUUUCCAACUUCAUAGUUCUGGAGAACUGUAAAUGAAGUUCAAUAUGAAAUGACAUCAUCUGCAAAACUGAAGUCUAUAAAUUUUUGGUUUUAUUGACGCUAGGCGGCGUAAGUAUAACGUAUCAUUGGAGAAAUCUAGAUUUUAUGCGGUGUGAGCUAGGUUUUAUUAUGUUCACUAAAAUCGGGAACUUGGUUCCACAGUUUAUGAAUAACAGUGAUCUUAUUUCAUCUGCGAUCACUUUCAUAUUUGUGAUAUUUUAGAAUGAUUUUAUGGAAUAUGAUAAAUGAACUCACAUUAUGAUCUCCAGAUUUCCAGCAAUUGUAUCUAGUGGGAUGAUUCGAACUAUUUAUUCAUUUGUUUCACUUCAAUUUGUUUUUAUUGUAUUUCAUUAUCUUCUGGAAUUUCCUGACUAAUAAUCAGUGCUCUAUGAAUUAUGAAGGUUCCAAAUUGAAUAUACUUUUCAGGAGAGAAAAUAAACUUUUUGACCUUCUAAUUUCACUUUUCUGUCUUCGUAAAGAGAAUGUGGUUGAUUGUUUUUUUCCUCCCUUCGGAAGUUUCUCACACUUCUUGUAUGAAGAUAGAGGAGAAGAUGGACAAAAAGUCUUCUUUCCAAAAUAGUAUCCUACUUCUUAUAAUCUUUAUAUACGUUAUUCAUCAUUCACAAUGCAACGUUAUCUCCAUAACCAUAAAAAGAUAACUUUUGUUGAACUUUCAGGUGAGUUAAAAACUCAGAUCAGAUAUUAGAGUUCCAGAUCAAUCCAAACAGGUUAAUUUUUCAUUUUCGAUAACUAACUUUUUGUCAUGCCUACUAAACUUCAUGCCUGUUUUUCUUCACAUUUUUUGAAAUUUCUGAUGGUAUUGAUUCUCUUGCAGGUCUAACAAUUUCGCUACAAUAAAACUUCGAAAAACUAACCCCAGCACCGAUAGAGCUGCUUCACUCAUUUUAGAAUAAUUUUCAAAGUAUCAUCUUGUUCAAUAUAAUUGUUAUCCAAUUGCCAAAUUGAUUUUUUUAUAGGUAUAAAAAAUUAUUUUUAUAGUUGGUAUUCAUACUAGUCUAAUUGUUUUAUAUAAUCAUAUUAGAAAACAUAUGAGCCAUUCGCUUCAGACAAAACAAUGUUUAUUAUUUUUUUUAAUUUAGUAAUGCAUGUGUGAGUUUUAUUGUAAUAUUUCAUUUAUAUGGAAGAAUUUC